AUGCGGUUUACUGAAACACCUACAAUAAGUCCAUUGGAGAAACGCAUUGAGGAGUUGAGCCACCGAUUUGCGAUCGAGCGUGCCGUGGCUGAAGGAGCCAAACAUGCCACCCAGAAAUUGGAUGGAAAGCCGCUUGUUGAGGCACAAUCAAUACUACAGGCGUCAAAUGAAAAGCUGGACCUCCUUAAAUAUUCCUUGCAGGAACGAGUGAAAGAACUUCCUGAUGGCCACCAUAGGAAGAGUAUAACCACCGAGGAACUGUCCCUUGGUUCAGUCAAAUCCAAGUCCAUAGCACUAACCGUUUUGGUUGAUUUAUAUUCUGAUAAAGAUUGUAAUAGCCAUUGUUACAAUAUUUAUUCUGAUUGUUUGACAGGUACUCUGAAAGUGCGAGUAAAGGGCUGUCACGUUAUUCUGGAGAAUGUACCUGGCAGACUAAAGGACCCGUCAGAUGUUCUCCCUGGCAGGAGUCCACGUCGAGGAAGAUUCUUAUUAAUGAACCGGAUCAGAAGAAACAACCGUGGCAGCAAUCAGAACAUCCAGGAGACUUUUGACUUUUCUAGUGAAGUCCGUACUCAGCUGAAGAUCGAUCAUAUUCCAGUGGGUUCAACAAGUUGGAAAACUGUUUCUAACCCAUCCUGGAAUAAGACAUUUAAACUGGAUUUAGAUAAGUCUCGGGAGCUAGAAAUAUCCUUAUAUUGGCAUGAUCAGAGAUCACUGUGUGCCACAAAGACUCUGAAGUUGGAAGAAUUCCUGUUGAACCCCAAACAGGAACUGUGUCUACAACUGGAACCACAGGGCACCCUUUUCAUCAAGGUGACGUUUUCCAGUCCUUUCACCCAGAAAAGGCCAAAGCUUCAAACAAUUAAGAAAUUAAUCUCCUCAAAACAAGAAGAGACCUUCCAACCACCUCCAGUGGAAGCUACAACUAUUGACAAUGUACCAGUAGUGGACACUGAGAAUGUGGAUUCAACACUACCAGCUAUCAACACCAUUAGUACAGAAACUAUCCAACCACCUCCAGUGGAAGCUAGAAUUUUUGACAAUGCUCCACUGCCAGUAGCAGUAGAGGACUCUGUGAGCAUGGAACCAUUACCACCAGCUAUUGUAAGCUUGCUAGAAAUGACAAUCCAACCAGCUCUAGAAGUUGAUUUAGUUACUGACCCUACUCCAUUGCCAGUAAAGGACACGGACAGCGUGGAGCCAUCGGUGCCAGCUGUUGAUGAAAUUACAGAAAAGACAAUUCAACCAGCUCCAGAGGAGGAUGCAGCUAUUAAUCCUCAAUCACAACCAGUAGAGGACUCUGAGAGCAUGAAGCCAUUGCUGCCAGCUGACGAUGAAGAUACAGAAAAGACAAUCCAACCACCUCCAGAGGAGGAUGCAGCUAUUAAUCCUCAAUCACUACCAGUAGAGGACUCUGAGAGCAUGAAGCCAUUGCUGCCAGCUGACGAUGAAGAUACAGAAAAGAUAAUCCAACCAGCUCCAGAGCAGGCUGUAGUAAUUGACACGCCUCAAGUGUCAGCAGUGGACAAUAAGAAAGUGGAAUCAUCACCACCUGGUGCUGCUACUGAUAUGGAAAAAAACAUCCAAACAUCAACAGAGAAAGAUGCAGUUAUUGAUAUUGAUAACAUUGCAGAAGAAACCACUGGACCACCAAAGGGUUUAGUUCGUGACGCUGUUCCAUUGGCAGAAGCAGAUGUGGAAAAUCCAUCAUCAUCAGCUGGUAUUCAGCAAGGAGCUCGGCUGAGCAUUCAGGAUUUUGAUUGUCUCUGUGUGCUGGGAAGAGGAGCAUUUGGAAAGGUGGGUUAUGGUGUGAAUUCCACUUUCAAUAUAAAAGGUGUCAAGAUAAAUGCUAGGCUUAUAUGUGAAAAGGAAAUCCUACAGACUGUGAGCGAAGUACAGCAUCCUUUCCUUGUUAACAUGUUGGCAAGUUUCCAGACUCAGGGUCAUUUUUGUUUUUUAAUGGAGUAUGCCGCUGGUGGGGACUUAAUGACCGAUAUUAGGAACAACAACUUUCAGCCAUUUUCCACAACCAGAGCUGUGUUUUAUGCGGCGUGUUGUGUGCUCGGCCUGGAUUUCUUGCAUCAAAACGAUAUUGUUCACAGAGAUCUCAAAUUGGAAAACAUUGUAAUUGACAUAGAUGGAUUUGCCAAAAUUACAGACUUUGGUCUUAGUAAACAAGGGAUGGGAUAUGGAGAACAAGACAGAACAUAUUGUGGCACCCUGCAUUACAUGGCACCGGAAAUGGUUUGCGGUAAACCAUACACAACAUCUAUUGACUGGUGGAGUCUCGGUGCAGUUAUUUAUAUAAUGCUGUGUGGAAUGUAUCCCUUCUCAGGUAACAGAAGAGAGGUGAGGUAUAAUAUUGUCUAUUCAACGCCGAACUAUCCGAGGUUCCUGACUGCAGAAGCACGAUCAAUAUUAAGAAGUCUUUUGCAUAAAGAUCCCAAAGUCCGUCUAGGAGCCAGCGAGAAUGAUGCCUGGGAUCUGAAGAGCCACCCUUUUUUUAAACAAAUAGACUGGUUCGCAUUAUUGUUUAAGAGUGUCAGGCCGCCAUUCGUACCAUCCAUCGAGGGACCAGACGACGUCCGCUACUUUAAUAGAAUGUACACAUCAUGCGCCCCCAUUCUGACACCGCCAGGCGAGUCUGAGUCACUAUCUGAUGUAGAGCUGGAGCUAUUCAAAGAUUUUGACUGGGUUUCCGAUAGGAUUUAA